GAAUAAUUUUAAGUUAUUAAAGAAUUGGUAAAUAAAGGAAUUAGUAACGAAUUCAACCUUAAUGCUCAUACUGUAAUUACUGCUGUAGCUUUUGUUUGAUAUGACAACCCAGCAUGAUACAUGGAGAUGCGUCACACAACUGUACCCUUUGUGUCGCGGAGCGUGGUAGUUUAGUCUUAUUGUCGGUACCGUUGAGCUACGACGUUGCUCCUUUUCAUUUAAAUCUUUCCUCCUGUUUAUACGCGAGUGCGCCCAGUGGUUGACGGUGGUACAGUGCAAGUGAAAAAAAAGGGUGGCGUGUGGUCGCAGGAUUUUUCCUUGUUUCUCAGUUUGUUAUUCUUUUUUUUUUACAAUUUAUUUUUUCUAUGUCUCUGCCGGAAGUGAGUGAGUGUGAUGGAAGGGAGCUAUAUGGAUGUAUGGCUUUUUCCGAUUCCGAAUCCGAACCCGUGGACUGGGAAGAUUUUCAAGAUUCCCUUUGGCGGGUAGGAGAAAUUUUCCGGCUUAAUCCCGGGGAACAACGUAGGGCUAGGAGAGGCGCCCUUUUCAAGAUACUCUUCGAGGGGAUUCGUGACGUAAGUGCCACCAAAAGGGAAACCGACCAGGAUGAACCUCCCGCCCUUAUUUCGACUGAAGAACUCCGUCAGCAACAAGAAAGGGCUCACAGGGGCCCUUCACUGGAGGCGGUUGUCGAGUUAUUAAAGUUUGAUGCUGCUCUUCAGUCUUUUCGAAUUUUAGCGGAACUGGAUUCAUCUCGCGGAUUCUUGAUUAAAUUUGGGUCUUGGAGACCGGCUCCUCGCCGAAUGGAUGAAACUGACGUGUGGCAUCACGACGUGCGUUUAGUUCGUGACAGCCACCCCAAACUUUAUUCGAGGACUCGGUGGUAUCAAGAAUAUCGCUGGGAUGAACUUACCCAGCGAUAUCUAUGUCGCGGAUUCUGGGCUCCGGUGAGUGUAAAAUGUUUCGUGCUUGGCUGAGUACAUAGUAGAAACUAAAUAAGUAAGGAAAUUCCUUCUGCUUUCAUCUAAUCUGUUUACGUUCCUUUUUAGCGGGAGUUUGUGGGCCUCUCUGAAGUUACGGAAGGGCAAGCAUUUACUAAAAUGCUUCACGGAGCUUGGCGAGUAGGCGGGCGCAAUAUCUUCUGGUAAGGGCGUGGAAGUAGUUUGUCGUUUUGAUCUUAUGUAGUAAAAAAAACGAGUAAAGAAAUUUCCCCCCCUUUUUUUUUUUAGCUCCAAGCGCGCACUUCCAGCAAUACCUCCUUCUACGGGAUUCCAGCCCUUUGAAAGAAUGUUAAGGCUGACGUUCUUACAAGCUUUCUUUUGGGAUGCCAAGGGGCUGGCUAGGGGAUACAAUCGAUGGGCUUUGUCCUUCAACAUAGAAAACGAGGAGCAAUGGCAAGAAGUGGGUCCGGAGGGCCUACUCAGAAAAGGGGAGUGGACCAGAGGGGGGGAUGAUUGAUUAUUGUUAUUGAGGGGCUACCCAGGGUUAUUUGCCCCCUUUUUUUUUUCACUUAAGUAAUUAAUUCCCUUUUGUUUCUGUGAAGAGUAAAAAGAAAUAAAUAAAUAAAUUAAAUAAAAUUUAACCGAAUAAACAACGACAAAAUUAUUCAUACCAUCACCCAGCGGCACCGCGGACAGUCGUGUGAGCAGAAACCCGGAAACUGGUUGUUAGAUCAGCUAAUUGAUUAAUGGUUAACCUUAUCAAGAAUAUGGAUCUGUUUGAUUAUAUUUAACGAUAAUAUAGAUAAUCCUUACUUGGAACAUAUAUAUACUGUUGAUAAUUAAAGAAGGUAAAGUUAAAAUUUAGUAUAUAGAUUCUGUUAUUUAACUUAUUCAUGGUAAAUACUGCGGUUUAUUAAUUAUUGAAAUCAUUUAAUAUGUUCUUAAUUCCGCAAUUCCCUGCACAACGACCCGGAGUAAGUACAAAUUAAAAUAUGCUAAGAAGGCAAACGGCUACUGAUUGUAUAGUGAGAACCGUCGCUGACCAGGCACUGACCCAAAACUCCCAUAGCUCAUGGGUGAACGCUCACAUGCCAGGGGCAUGCGCGCGUUCACCAUGUUGACUAAAUGGUAGAAAGGAAGUUUCGGCGAUUUUGAGGGCGGCCCAAGUGGCUGCAUAGUCGGUAAGACCACGUAAGCCUCCCUCAUGAAAAUUCUUCUCUCUUUCUAAUGAAAGAGGGAUUAAGCCGGAACCCGUCCCAACGGUGCUGACGUCAUCGACGCCUCUCACUACACUGUAUUCAACUCUUUUAGGCUUAAUAUUAUAAACAAUUGUUAGUAUAGCAAGAACUGUCGAUGACCAGGCGCUGACCCAAAACUCCCGUAGCUCAUGGGUAAAUAUUCAUGUGCAGUAGGCACAUGAACAUUCACCGCGUUGACUAAACGGUAGAAAGGAAGUUUUAGCGAUUUUGAGGGCAGCCCAAGUGGCUGCAUAGUCGGUAAGACCACGUAAGCUUCCCUCAUGAAAAUUCUUCUCUUUUUCUAAUGAAAGAGGGAUUAAGCCGGAACCCGUCCCAACGGCGCUGACGUCAUCGACACUUCUCACUAUAAUAUAGAGCUUUUACAAGCGGAACCAUU